AAUCCCCUAUGCCCUGUUAUUUUCUCCACAGCAACUCGUUGAAGGCCUUCAAGUCAGGAUUUGAGGAGGUCUCUCUUUACCUCGUAUAGUGGUGGGUUGUGGUUGAAGGGUUGUAUGUUCUUUGAUUGUGAAACAGGUUGCUUGUGCUGCCAAGGAGUUCAAUUCAAAGGGGAUCAUAAUUUUACUUGAUUGUUGGUGGUGUGGUUAGACACCAACAAGUUGCAAGUUGGUUGUCAGUAUUCUAGUAUAUGCAUUUGACGUUUAUGCAAUGAUUUUCUCCUGAAGGGUACUUGGAAUAGAUGGCCCUGGUCACAACUGCUGAAGUUUGUGAUGCGAACCCACAGCUAAUUUUAAGCGGUGAGCUUCGAGCACUCCAACCUAUUUUUCAGAUAUAUGGCCGGCGGCAGGUAUUCUCCGGACCAAUAGUUACCCUGAAGGUGUUUGAGGACAAUGUCCUGGUUCGUGGCUUUCUUGAGGAGAAAGGCAAUGGAAGAGUACUAGUUGUGGAUGGAGGUGGUAGUAAACGGUGUGCAAUAUUGGGUGGGAACCCUGUUGUUCAAGCUCAGAAUAAUGGAUGGGCAGGCAUAGUGGUCAAUGGGUGUGUGAGAGAUGUUGAUGAGAUUCAAGGUUGUGACAUUGGGGUGAGAGCUCUUGCAUCCCAUCCAAUGAAAGCCAACAAGAAAGGGCAUGGGGAAAAACAUGUCCCCAUAACCAUUGCUGGGACAAGGAUUUGUGAUGGGGAAUGGCUUUAUGCAGACACUGAUGGAAUUCUUAUUUCUCGAACUGAGUUAUCUGUCUAAACGAAAGAAAGUAGUCUAUUUAUGGAGCCUGAUGUAUUUGGGAUUGUACUUUUGGUGUAAUGCUUUUGUGAGUCUGUUUUUUUGGUUUUCUCUUGGGUUCUUAGUUUAAACCUUUUAGCAGAACUUGUAUCGGCUUGAAGCCACAAUAAUGGAAUUUAUGUUCUGGUACCAAAUUUCA